CUCCGUGGACAUGUGUACAUUCAGGGUCAGUGACUAAUUCAUUUUAACAUAGUUGGCUUCAAAUUGCGAAUUGUGAUACAUUGCGAUAUACCCAUUCUGUAUGUGUUUGGUGGUCUAAGCUAUUUGUCAAAUUGUAAAUACAGAAAUACAUGUAUUGUAACAAGUGGCUAAACAAUAUAUAUAUAUUUUUAAAGCUAGCUUCAUUCAAGCUAACUGAUCAACGGAGGCGUCCAAGGAUCAAUAAUCCCAAUGUAUGUACAACAGCCAUUAAAACGUGUGUGUUCCUGUGUAUAGUUUAAUCAUAUAAUCCCCCAUUUGCCAUGCUUUUAAUACUAGCGGGUUUAAGGCCAGCAUUACUAAAACAUAAGCUAGUAAAUGUUCUGGUGGAGGCAUGUCUAUGCUCGGGAGCCAAGGAUACCACCACCAACCCAGGGAAACCACCAAAAUUAUCAAAGAAGAAAUGGAGAAAGAAGUUCAGGAACAAGCCUGCAUCAAAUGAACACCUGCCCUGGGAGGAGAGACUGGCCGACGCUGUCACUCCUCUGUGGCGCCUGAGUUACUAUGAUCAACUCCAGCUGAAACAGAAGCACCAGGAGAGGAUCCUACUACAGCUCUCAGAUCAGCUCUUAUGUGGAGAGUCGACCCAACAUAAGGCCUUGACACAAUGUCCUUCUCCACCCAGGAGUACCAAACUCAGCUUCCCUCUGCUGCCUAUCUUACCGUCACCUGUCAGGGACGGCUACCGCAACAAGUCUACCUUCUCAGUCAACCGUGGCGUGGAUGGCAACCCUAAGACGGUGGGGUUCUACGUGGGAACGGGAAAGGUGGGAAACAUUGUGUGUGUGAACGGGGACCACCUCCUCAACAUGCCCGAGAGACAUAAGCUGGUGGCCAGGUGCUAUCAGGACUUCCUCCGCCUUUCAGCCCUGGAGCCCUGUCUGCUGUUCCACGACGGAGGCCACUGGAGGGAGGUGACAGUGAGGACCAACGCAGCAGGCCACACCAUGGCCAUCGUCUAUUUCCACCCACAGAGGCUCACCCUGGAGGAGAUGGAGGUCCAUAAGUCCUCCCUGGUGGAGUACUUCACCCAGGGGCCUGGUGCCAUCUGCCAACUAGACUCCCUGUACUUCCAGGAGAGCUCCAUGACCCGUUGCAGCCACGAGGAAUCCCCCUACCAGCUGCUGCAUGGCCAGCCACACAUACACGAGGAGAUUUUGGGGUUCAAGUUCCGCAUCUCGGCAGACGCCUUCUUCCAGGUGAACCAAGGGGCGGCUGAUUCGCUGUACCGCACAGUGAGAGAGAUGGGCCUCCCGAAUGGAGCUCGAGAGGGAGGAGGAGGGGGCACACUCUUGGAUGUGUGCUGUGGAACGGGGGCCAUCGGUAUCACCAUGUCCCCCAGAGCGGACCGGGUCAUCGGGAUAGAACUCAUCCAGCAGGCCGUGGAAGAUGCCAGGCAUAACGCAGCCCUCAACCAGAUCCAGAAUUGUGAGUUCCUCCCUGGGAAAGCCGAGGUUGUCCUUCCUGAGCUCAUGGAGGUCCUAGGCUCCACCACCGACUCUGGAGGCCCCCUCACGGCUGUGGUGAACCCAGCCCGCGCUGGUCUGCAUUAUCGUGUGAUCCGGACUCUAAGGAAUCACUCAUCCAUCCGCAGGCUGCUCUAUAUCUCCUGCAAACCCGAAGGAGAGGCCAUGAGGAACUUCAGGGAGCUGUGUUGCAGUCCCGACCCACAUAGGAAGUUGACAGGCGAGGCUUUCAGGCCGACUGUGGCUGUGCCUGUGGAUAUGUUCCCUCACACGCCACACUGCGAACUGCUGCUGGUCUUUGAAAGAUAGUUAAUUACUACAACUUCCGUAUCAAGUUUUUCUAAUUCUUACACUUAGUGAAUGGUGUCCUCUGGAUUGUGUGAUAACUGCAGAGAUAAAACAGUCAAAUCAGUGGAAACUCAAUUCCAAAAUCCUCUCAAAAAGGAAAGUGAUUAUUACAUUUUUAAAAAUGCUGAGAGCUUUUCAAUGUCAUGUAGAAUGUUGAAUGAAAGUUGUGUUAUUCAGAGACAGAUGCAAGUGGGGGGUUGUGUCCCUAAAUCCUGCAGCAGCAGUGAAGCAAAACAUUUCCUGCCUUUUGUGAAUGGAUCAAAAGUAGGAAAUGAGUGGAGAGCAGGGGAAGUGUGUUUGGGGUUGCUUGCUCACCAAAUGCAAGAAUAGAUUCUACACUAUAUUCCUGUAUUCUGUGUUUGAAUGAGGCAAUGCACAUGCUGUAUUUCAUGUUACUUCAUGUUACAUGCCUGAACUGAGUAGGCAUAAAGUCUAUAUAUCUACACUAGGUGGUGCUAUGGAGUCCAAUGGUCCAACUAUUAACUAAUACUGUGUUGCCUUCAGGUAUGGUACACAUCUUCCAAUAUUGCUGACAUACAAGACAGAAGGUACCCAUCAACUUGAUCAACUAGGGUGGAAUCUAAAGUAUUUGAUCAGUUCUCCCUUCUAAAACCCAUAGUUAACAUAUAACAAACUUAGAACAAAAUACAUCAUGGACAUAUUUGACAAGUUUGGGAUCAAUGCAGGAAGUAAGCAAUUUUCAGUCCUGCUUUAAACCAAAUACAACUCACAAAGUUUAGCACACAUAAAGGCUUCAUAAGCACUACAUAAAUGCUUCACAAAUCACAAGUGUAUUGCAUAUUCUAUCAAUGGUGUAUAAACACUGCGUUAUGUCACAUUUUGCAAUUCACUCUACAGUGGUAAUGACAAUGUCACCUUUUAUAUAUCAUUUAUGACAUAUGCAUAUAGAUAGCAGCUGUUAAUUGGUCAGUUCUGAGGACUCCUGGGAGGCGUAGGUCUAUGACCAAGGUGGAAUUAAAAUAAAAUCACAUGUAUUUAAGAUGCUUUAAAAGUUGAAUAUACAUUCACAACUUUACAAAUUGGUUUGAAGUACUAAAAGGACAAAACAAGACACUUGAGGGAAGAAGCAUUUCAAUAUAGCUUUUUCUCAUUUUUUAUGACUUAGCUCUGUCCAGGACAUAGCUUAGAUGAAAAGGCCUACGAAAAUGUUGGCCUUAAGAUUUAUUUUCAAAGGCACAAGUAGGUAUGUCAAAAUUCAAGUAAAUAGGAGCACUAGCAAAACUGGGAAGAAAUGGAAUAAUAGAAGUAUGGAGAACAACAGUACUGUUCUUGCUGACAGAAGCACACUAAUCACCCUAUAUGUAGCCCAUUGUGAGGAAUGAUAAUUGUUCCACUGACAAGCUAUUGUGAAAGAACAACUACGUUUUUACAACAAAAGAAAAAAUGGUUGCUCUAGUACAUUUUUGUGGUUUAGAAGCAAAUUUCCUCCAAUUCUACGCAGGAUUUUGUAACAUGACUCAUGGCAUAUUUUGGGUAGGCUAUUUCAUGAUAAUAAUAUUGUAAUUAACAUGAACCAUCAAGUAUAUUAGUUAAACAUAUUCUUCAGAAAGAGAUGCUGACAGAGUCACACAUUAGAUUUACUUCCCAAGAAAAUGUGAUUUUUGCUUUGCUUUGAGUCCUCGAACCAAAUAUAUCCCCAUAUGCAUCAGAAUCACGCCUUAAGGUAUGCUUUUUGGCAUUUUCAUUAACAAGGGGUAUGGCAUACCCCCAUAUACCCCUUCAAUUUGAGCCCUGGUUGAAGGUACUGGUUCACUGUACUUCACUGCCACUAUAGUUCACUGACUUAUUGCAAAUAAUGUUUCAAAUACAGAGUAGGAGAAACCGCCUGUUUGAGCUAGAGAGGUUAUGUUGUUCAUGUGUCGUAAUGUGUUGCAACAAGUGCUCCUUGGCAUGCCUGACAACAGUGUGUUUUUUUUUCUCCCCAGAAGUGGUCAGAGGGAUGACGUCAUGCCAGACCUAGACCACCAGAGCUGCUGACCAGUACAUAUCUCCCUAAGCCAGGAGAUAUGUAGCCUGGUCUCAGAUCUGUUUGUGCUGUCUUGUGACAGUGACCAUAGGAGUUGGCAAAACAGCAUAUGAGAUGGCAAGACAGCACAAACUGAUCUGGGACCAGGCUAGUAGAACAGUGACAGGUUGGCGAGACAGAUGACCACAUUGUCAAACAUAGUUGAGAAAGAGAGAAGUGGAUUCCAGAGGGUCAAAAUGAGCAUGCAUGUUUUGUUUAUCUUUAUGGCUUAGGUGCCAGUCAGUGCCACUUAUAUGACUUGUAUUACAAGGGGAGUUACCUGGUUAUUUGCUAAUCUAGAUUUGUAUCAAACUUGAAUCAGAUUUCAGAGUGAUAACAUUUCUAGAAUGUUCUCUGAUAUAUUGAUUAGUCAACAUCACAUCAGGGCUGUAAUCAUAAAGCGUCUUAGGGUAGGAGUGCUGAUCUAGGAUCAGUUGAGCCUUUUAGGUUAUAGUGAAUGUACUGGGGGACCUGGGGCUGUAUCGAGGAUCUAGGAUCAGGUCCCCCCUUGUGGUCUGAUUGUGUUCUGAUCUGGCUGACCACUUCAGGAGGACAGUGCCAGGUUGGCAAUCAGGCUACCGAAAGCGCAUACAGUGGGCGACGUCAGCACCCCUCCUACAAGUCUCCAGAAAACGUGUGUUUUGGGACCGAGGGGCACUUUUUCAUUACAAUGUUGGAGGAAAUAUGUUCCGAGCAUGUGAGGAAUGUGUUUGCUGGCCUCAUACAGCAGUUAGCUACUGCCAUCAGUUGUUGUGUUUGUAUCAUAUUUGACCUAUUCCACCGUUUGUAUAAUACAAACUGGCAUUUGAAUACAGUGCGGGAAUAGGGAAUCCGGACACGGUAGACACAUUUAAAUGUAGAUACAUGACGGGUUUGGAACUCCAUGAUCAGAAAUCUAUCAUCAGAGUACUAAAGCUGUAUGAACUGUCAAGUCUAGACACGGCCUUAGAUGUUUCAUAUGGCCCCAAAUCCUAGACUAGCAAUCUUACUGACAUGCCGUGUUCAGAGGACAAUUAUGAGCUACUGUUUGAUAACGUGCUUUCCACAGUGCAGGCACACCUAUACCUGUUAACCUUUCAAGGAUUCAGUGUUUGAGCAAGUGAACAUGGUUUAAAAUCAACCAGACAAUAUCAGGUUAAAUUCCAACCAAUUGUGUAAAUUAUAUGCAUGAUGGGUGUGCUGUGUUUAUCCUACUUGUUCAAUACAGAAAGAGUUUAUUAUCCAACCAUAUACUGUACUUUAUAGGAUAUUUAAGCUUAUCUUGAAGGACUUAUUCUGACAGUCCAAACUGACCAGUAAAAAGGUAUGUUUCCUUUAUGAAAUUAGAGAAUGCAUGUUUCUUUCUGCCUACAAAAUUGUUGUGACCUGUAAAAUUGUUUGGCUCAUGGCAGUUUUGAAUACUUGUUCCAGCAGGUAAAAUAUGGGGCAUGAUUAUAAUUGUGUGUUUGAUCCUUCCAAGGAUCAAGUUUUGGCAAGUUGAAAAUAUUAGGUUGAAGUUCAACCAUCAGGGAAAAUUAAUGUAUGACGGUUGCGCUCUGUAACACAGAACCAUGUACUUUGUAAUUACUAAAGUACUUUUCAGCAGCGAUAUGAGAUUUGUAUCUGCAGUGUAUCUGCACCAAUGAAACUGUAUAAGGUUGGUUGACUCAUGCCAUGAGACAACCAACCUCGCAGGCUGCGGUAGCCUCGUAACUAGAGACGAUCGGUAACCUCAGGGAUGCCGGUUUCAAUCCUGGAGCUGACUGGGGGAAAAUCCCCAAAGAAUGAGACGGCAGCCGGAGGGUUACGAAUUUCAACAUCCCAUAACGCCGUUGUGCGUUAGAGCACGUUUGUGUUAUCUGUCAGGUUGGGUACUGUGACCGCAAAACAUACAUUAUGUCCAUGUAAAUGGACCAAUAAAUGAAAUAUUCUAGUAUUGCAUUGCAGGGGCAGUUAAAGGCUUGUCAUGUUUCAACAGGUAGCCUAAAAUAUGGUGUAUUUGUUCCUUCCAAGGAGCCGGUUUUGGCAUAUGGAAAUACUAGGUCAAAGUUCAACCAGGCAGGAAACUCCCAUGUACGACAAUUGUGCUCUACUUGUGCAAUAUGGAAAAUAUAUUUGAUGCUUCCGUAUACUUUAUUGUUGUACUUUUAAAGCAAUUAAAUAAGAUCUGUAUUUGUAGUGCAGUCUAAACUAUAUAAGGUUGGUUGACUCAUUGCAGUAUUGAGGUUAUGUUUUAACAGGUAAAAUAUGGUGUGUUAUUAUGGUGUGUUUACUUGAUACUGAACACCUGUUGAAAUAUAAGUAAUUUCAUUCAUAAUUACUCUAUUAUAUAAACAUGGGUCAAGGCUACAGGAUGAGCAAUAUUGUUAUAGAAAAUAGUCUAUUGAGGAUUCUAUUGAUUCAAGUGAUUUCAUCAUAGUUAAAAUAUUGUAUUUGUUUAAUAUGUAUGAGAUUAUAUUCAUAGUUAUUAUAAUCAUGUUUUAAACAGGUUUAGGAUCAGGUCACCCCAUGUCCAUGUAAUCUUAUUCAUUGUGAUGUAAAAAAUUCAACUGAUCCUAAACCA